AUGGAAACAGAAUAUCGUGACGAAGAGCAGUAUUAUUUGGUGCCAAAGCAUUCAGAAAGACCAGAAACUGAUGAAUCUUUGCUAUUUGUACUGGAUCCUUGUAUCUUUACAAAGAUGGAUGCCAGAAUCUCACAACGAACCUAUGUGCGCCUAUGGCACGUGUGUACGAACACUUGGAUUCAUACUACUAAUCCUACCGAAAAACAAAACUUGUAUCACUUCAGCAAGAAUGAGAAAGGCUGGGUUAAAAUAGUUAGUGAAAAUUUCAAAAUCGAUAAAGAAACAUUUGCGCUGCUUCCUGUCCGUCCAGAUGAAGUUCGCGAUUUGGAUUUUGCGAAUGACGCGUGCAAAGCAUUGCAUGGUUUCGUCAAACUGAUUGAAAGUGGGAAGAUCAUCUCUAAAGAACCAAUGAAUGUAACGAUACAGUUAUUAACGGAAUGUAUAUAUUUCGUAACAAAUCAGCCUAAUCAUAUGACGGAUCCGAUCAGAAUUGUAGAUUUCAAACCACCAAGAGAUCGACAAAAAUUGCUUCGAGAACAAGGUGUUCUUGACCAGGUUUUUGCAUUGUUACGAGUACCAUUUUUGCCUCGAAAUAGGAAUGACCCAAAACCUUUGCUGUGUUCACCACGUAACCUGAAUGAAAAGGGAAACGAGAUCUUCAAACGAAUUUUUCAGCUUUGUUAUUCGUUGCUUAGGUAUUCACAGGUAGGUUACCGGAAAAAUCAAGAAUAUCUGGCAGAAAAUUUUGGUCAAAUACAGGAGCAAAUUGGAUUUGAUUUGCUUGCAGAAGAUACAAUGACUGCUGUUCUUCACAAUAAUCCGAAACUGUUAGAAAAAUAUGUUAAAAAUCCACAUGUAGAACGUUUUGUGGAACUCGUUCGCAAAAACAAAGCUGGUAGGUUCUUGGAUUAUCUGGCGGAUCUUUGUGUUUGUCGUGGUGAAGCCAAUAAAAAGAUUCAAGAAUUGAUCUGCAGUUGUGUGUUAAACGAAUUAAAUCGCGACAUCUUUAUUAGCACAAUCAUUUGUAACAAAAGCUGCAACGAAAUAUGGAUUUGCUGGUCGAAUUCCUAUUGCAAACAGUUGGUGUCUGUGGCAAUGGAUGCUGCUAAUGGUCAAACUGAAGAUACUGAAAUGCUUGAUUAUUACAAACACCAGUUAGAUCUUCUAGCACAAAUGUGUCAGGACCAACAAUAUCUCGCAAUUGAUCCGCCUCCCGAAAGAGGUCUUCUAAAUUUGAGUUUAGAAUUACCAGCUGAUUUGGUCCUUAGAUGCAUUUCGGACACGAGAUUACCGCAGGAUUUGCGUGCUUCAUUCACACGUCUCAUGCUUCAUUUGCAUGUCAUACGUGGUUCUCCACUUAAUGCCGUACAUCAUGCUCGUUUAUGGUGUGAGAUUCCACUACAUGUCGAAGUUUCCGGGAACUCAGGUCGAUCUGUAAAUGGUUACAUUGAUGGUUGUCACGUACGUACUGGAGGGGAAGUUUUUGAUAAAGUGUUAGAAACUGUCGACGUGUAUCUUGAGGAAUUACGCAAAGCGACACGAGAAGGUGAACCUGUCUUAGACCCAAGUGCAUCAAAACUAAAGCAAAAUCGAUUAACUUACGAGAUCGUAACACUUGCGCGAGCUUUAGCUCAUUUCGGUUUCUACAGUUUUGCAGAUUUGCUUCGUCUUGCUCAAAAUUUGUUAGCUAUUGCCGAUAGCAGUCCAAAAAAACCUGAAGAGAAAAUGGCGUUUAACAAGACGGGUUUGUUUCGUCAUGUGACAUACUCAGUAAUUGGCGCGAAUGCACUGCAGAAAGGAGUCAAACAAUAUCUUCCGCACAUGCAGACAGAGUCUACGUGUACCGAAGAUACUCUUCAAGCUAAAGAAAGCAAACAAAUGAUUUUACAAACGAAACUUAUAAUCGUUGAAAUUUUAAAUUUCAUCAUGGAUGUACGUCGAGACUAUCGUAUAACAGUUGCGCUAUGUUGGUUUAAAAAACAUUUUCCAUGUGACGAACUUGGAGAACUUCUUUCCAAAGCAGAUUUGUCAGAGUACGAGGCAUCACAAUUAUAUAAAGAAGUAUUUCAAGAUUGUGAAGAGCAACUUGAUUUUGAUGGUAGGAAUGGUCAACUUCUCCUAAGAAUACUUCUACAAAUGACAAUAAGUGACUUUUCAAAGCUAACUAGUACAGCUCUUAGUGUAGUGUUCCGCCAUUUCACACAAUACCAGGAGUUUGUGGAAGAUCUCAAACAGGUCCAGUUGCUAGUUUCAAACAGUGAUGUGGAAAAUUAUCAGCAGAUUGAUCGCGAUUUGUUCAUUUUGAAAAUACUUACGGAAAAAAGCGAGCUUUGGAUACAAGCUGAUAAAAUGCGAUCUGAAAGUAGUACUAAUCAUAGUUUCGAUGAACGUAGUUCAAGUCUUGAUGAUUCGUCAAAACCAUCUUUUUCGAUGCGAACUACCAGUCAACAGUUGGAAGAUAGUGGUUUAAACGCCUCUUGUGCUUUCUACAACGAUGAGAGCUUUCAUUCAGUGGUGGAGAAGAUUGAACAACAUUAUUAUUUAGCUAGGGACGAGUGUGUUAAGUUAUUAUGCAAGCUCCUUCUUGGUGAUGAUCGAGCGGAAGCAGCUUCGGCUUUAUAUGAACUGUUUGAUCGUGCACCGCUUGUUGGCUACCCUCUAAUAAGACAGAUUCUGUAUCGUAUAAAACAACUCUGUUACAAAAAUGACAAGCCGGAUAAGAUGAAUCAGCAGCUACUGCGGAAUAUGCGUGUGCACGAAUAUAUCCUCAGAUUUUUAUCUGUUCCAUAUGACGAAAAGAAUGAUACAGAAAUGCCAAAACUUGUCACAUUGAGUCAUGAAUUCCUGCGAAGUUUUUGUCGCAAUAAUAUUGAGAAUCAGCUUCGUUUGUACAAACAUGUUUCUAUCGAACAAGAUGUGAAAGAAGGAUGCUUGAUGGUGAAUACGUUGGAGGAAGUUGCAACGUUGACAGCGAUUUUCAAAAACAAUCGUGUGUUGUGUCAAAAUAUAUCCGAAGAAGUUAUUGCUCACAUUGUAAAUAUGAUUGAACAUAAAGCCCACAGCGCCGUCUAUAUAGAAUUCUUACAAACUGUUGUCGUGGUACAAGAAAAAGAAAUCAAGUCAGCACAAGAAAAAGUAGCGCAAGAAAUCUGUUCAUCUUCUGAUGAUGUACGAGUAUAUUAUGCAGACAGUGCAAGUUUUGAGCAGUUAAAGCAGCUGAUGCAAAACACAGGCCCCGAAGAGCUAAAUGCUGAUCAUCCAUUACGUUAUCACAUCGAUCUGGUACGGCUUCUCGCUUUGUGCACGCGUGGAAGAAACAGCACGACGGAAUUGAAGUGCGCUUCCCAGCUCUCCAUGGAUCAUAUAGUGCGUGUUUUGACGUUACCUUACUGUUUAAUACAGGUGAAGGAUGCAUACCUGCAAUUUAUGCUGCAUUGUUAUAUAGAUGCGGAUGAGGAAAUGAAAGAUGUUGAUAAUGUUGAUUUCAUCGAAAAAAUUCUAAAAAAUAUUCUUAAUGAUAUAGAAAUGUAUAUCGGCAGUUUAUUGCAGCUGAAGACGGAAAAGCCUACUUUGUUGCCUAAUUCAGCACUUGAGAAGUACGUUUGUUACACAGUUACUGAAGUACUGAUAAGACUGUUCGAAAGGCCUUCGCCUCAUCAGCUGAUAGUGGAAAUUUCGCAACACCGUCAAUCCUUCACCAGAAUAAUUCAAAACCUUUGUCAGUUGCAAGAAGAAUUAGUAAGGAAAAGCUUUACAAAAAAUUGGUAUCACGUUGCAGAAUGUGUUAGACAAAUUGGUAGACGCGCAAAAGAAAGAGGAAUUAUAUUGCCAGUUAAUGGUUAUAUGCCACCAGGAUAUACCGAAGCAACUGUUAAACAACGUUGGCAAUCGGCUUUUAAUUCAGCUCGUUUUAUCAAUCAAGCAAAUAAGCGGGCCAAGGCUCGUUUGCACGUGCCACGUUACGUACAAGUUACCGAAAGUUUUAGUGAUGUUGUUUCAUGUUAUCAGGCGAUGGUUACUGAAUUCAAAAUGUUUGCACUGCCACUGCAAGCAGCCGAAACAUCGGUACUUGUGGAUGUGUUGCAUGCUCCCGAGAGAUUAUUUGCACCUGGUUCUGCUUUAUUUCAGGAAUGCGAAAAUGGUGUAGUCAUUGUGAAAUUGAUACAACACUGCAAAUCGCUUUUGCAACAUGAGCAAGAAGCUCUGUGUGUGCGGGUAUUGCAGACACUUUGUCAUAUGGCUUCCAACGCAAAAUACAACUUUACCGAUCAGGCAAAAGAGGUGCGAAUUCGUUUGCUUAAGCAAUAUUUUGGUAAUGACGCACUGUUGAGUGCAAAUGAACAGACUGCAAAGCAUGAGAACAACGAAUUUGGAAAUGAAUUAAAACCAGUAAAGGAGCUAUCAUUAUAUGACAUGCAAUGUAAAUUGAACAAUGCUGGUGCUAGCGAUUUGGUAAUUGAUUUGAUUAUGGAAGGGCCGAGUCAUGAAGUUUUUUUAAUGACAAUUCAGCUUUCAAAAGCACUUCUUCAUGAAGGAAAUUAUGAGGUGCAAAUGUCAUUUUAUAAUCGAUUAAAAGAACAGGAUACGUCGGAGCCAUUUUUCAACGCUCUCAAAACAAAGUUACAAAUUGCACAAAAUAAGCUGAGAAGUGAUAUGAUGGCUUGCAACGAUUCACGUCAACGACACUGUAUGUUAUUGCAAAUAUUUGCCUCUCGGUUUUAUGAGUUGCGCCACAGAAAAGUUCUGGAAAAAGAAAUGGUGUUUGUUAAUUCAUUACUAGCAUCUGUGGUGAAUUCCCCACUGCUAGAAGACUCAACAUACUCUCCGGAAGAAUUAAAAUCAGUUGAUAUUAAUUCGAUCGAGCUAACUGUAUCGUUAUCAGCUAUUCAAGACAGUUACCUUCCUGGAUUGUUUGAUCCCGAUAUUAACUUAAAUUUUUGGGAUGGCAAAAAGACGCUUCUUCCCCAAGAAGUUGCCCUUAUCGAACCAAUUUUGCGUUUUCUACAACUGCUAUGUGAAAAUCAUAAUUUGAUGUUGCAGAAUUUCUUGCGGUAUCAAGGCAGUCGUCAGAAUCAUAAUUUGGUUGACGAAACACUUAUGUUUCUUGAUGUUAUUUGCGGUAGCACCAAAGGAUGUUUGGGUGUAUUUCGUGAAAUAGACGAACACAAUUUUUCACUAAUCAUUCAAACUUUGGUCACACUGACCGAAUUUUGUCAGGGUCCUUGUUGUGAAAAUCAAAAUGCAGUGGGCAAUCAUGAAUCUGGACUUAAUAUGAUAAUAUCUUUAGUACUGAAUGAAAUCAAACCACUUUGUUUAACACACAUGGAUUUGGCAUUGGAAAUAAAAAGCGCUGCAUCGAAGCUGUUAUUGGCUGUCAUGGAAUCACGUCGUGAUGCCGAUAAUGCAGAACGCGUACUUAUGAACAUGGAUCAUAUGGCUAGUGGAGCGAAUCAAUUGGUCCAAGCAAUUAAAAUGGCAUAUGAGAUGUCAGAAUUGAAGGAGUUUGCAAUGUCAAAAAUAAGAAAGAGUUUUGAGGCAAGUAGUUCACUAACAAAAUCGAAGCCUAGAUUAAGUAGGCCAGAUAUUGUUAUUCAGGAUAAUGUCGUUACACCGUAUCCAUCCGCCAAUAUAACUCUUGCUGACCCACAAGAGGUUGGACAUAAUAUCUUCAUUCUUGCCACACAACUUUCGCGAUACAAUGAAACACUUCGACAAGCUUUGGAUGCGGAAAAUAAUAAGGAUCCGAUGACUUCGAAAGCUUUACGGUACUACAAGCAGCACACUGCACAGAUUGAGAUAGUUCGCAGUGAUCGUAAAAUGGAACGAGUAAUAUUCCCAAUCCACGCUAUAUGUAAAUAUCUUACACCAGAAUCAAAGUUAAACAUUUUGCUGGAAACCGAACACGAUGCUCAAGGGUCCAAGGUAACAGAAUUUUUCGGUCAAUGGCCGGAACUUUUCGAGGAGAUGAAGUGGCAAAGAAAACUUCAACAUCGGAAGUACUUAAGCAAUUGCACAAAACGACUGAUAUUAUGGAGUCGGAUAUCAUUCUUUUUUGCUAUUUUGAUCAAUAUGGUUAUCGCAGUAUUUUAUCCUUUUUCAGAAAGUAGUAGACAAGAAUUAAUAUCUUUGAGUAAUCCAUUCCUGUAUGUGUCUCCUACAGUAUCGUUAUUAUUUUUGCGAACGCAAUGGAGUGAAAAAGCUUCACUCGGAAGAACAAAUGAGAUUUAUUGGGCGUUUGCUGCCGUUAUGUCAACUUUCACGAUUUUAUUUGUUACAAUAAUUGGGGUAGUAUUGACGCUGCGUGUUAUUGGUUUGCUUCAGUUGAUUAAUAAAGGAAUCCAUGUACUAAGCUAUGUAGGAAACCGUGGUUUAAUUGAUAAAACAUGGCCUGAACGAGUUCAGGAUAAGGGUAUCUGGUACCAUCUGGCAUAUUUGCUAAUAUGUAUCCAAGGUUUUAUUGUGCAUCCGCUCUUUUACGCUUUACUUCUAUUUGACAUUGUGGCAAAUGAGGAAACUUUGCGAAAUGUAAUUCGAUCUGUAACGCGGAACUGGCGAUCAAUUAUAAUGACUGGUUUAUUGGCUGUCAUAUUAGUUUAUCUCUUUUCAAUCAUUGGAUAUUUGUAUUUCCAGAAAGAUUUUCAAUUGGAAGUUGAUGAACUGGAUAACAGUGAAAAAGAUAAUAUUGAUUAUGGAAGUUAUCCGUCUAUGGAAUAUAUUCGUUCGCAACCUUUCAUUUUCAGACAGUAUGUCAACGAAAACAAGUGCUUGGAGAUGGAAAACUUACCGAGUAAUCAGCCUAUUAACGACAAAGGCGAAUUAAAAGUUUGGUCAUGUCAGACCUUACGUAUGUGUAUCCUAACAACUUUAAAUUGGGGUCUCCGAAACGGAGGUGGUAUUGGCGAUGUGCUUCGGAACGUGGCACCACAUGAAGAAUCGUUUUUAUCUCGGAUCGUCUAUGAUUUGACAUUCUUUAUCGUAAUCAUUAUUAUCGUGCUCAAUCUGGUAUUUGGUGUUAUCAUCGAUACGUUUGGUGAUUUGAGAGCUGAAAGAAAUGAAAAAGUUGAUCAAUUAAGGAAUAAUUGUUUCAUUUGUGGUCUUGGAAGAGGAAGGUUUGACAAUAAAAUUGUAACUUUCGAGGAGCACCGAAAAAACGAACAUAAUCUUUACCACUACCUAUAUUUUAUUGUGUGGCUACAAGUAAAGGAUGAAACAGAAUUCACCGGUCCUGAAAGCUAUGUCGCAAAUUGCAUUAAGGAGCAUAAAAGUGACUGGUUCCCUCGGAUGCAAGCAAUGUCGUUGGCUGAGGAUAAUCAAGAAGCGGAGCAAACCGAUGACAUUAGUGAGAUUCAUGACUCACUGAAUAAAUUGCUGGAUACUAUGAAAGAACAAGGACAGCAACUUGAAGAAUUGAAACAGGUGAUAGAUGUUUCACGAAACAUCUAUGCAGCGUUAGCAUAA